GUAAUACACAUUAUAUAUUUUUAUUAAAAAAAAAAAUAUUUAGUCUACUUUAUAAAUAGUGUUUAAAUUUGUUAUUUUUUUUUAUUUCAUUUAGAUGGCCUUAUGGCUUAUUGGAGACGAUGAAAUAAUUGAAAUUAAAUGUCCAUAUUCAGCAAAAGACUACUUAGAUAUAUUUGAAUAUAUUAGUGAUGGAAAAAUUAAUUACUGUACUGCGGAUAAGAGUAACGGCGAAGUUAAACUUAAAAAAAAUCAUGAUUACUAUUUUCAAAUUCAAACACAGCUUCACGUAACCAAAAGAACAUUAUGUCACUUAUUCAUUUUUACCGAAAAUUGGUAUUACAGUAUAGAUAUAAAAUACUGUCAACAAUUUUGGAAUAAAAACAUUCAACCUCUAUUACAUAUGUAA